AUGCCAUUCCAACAGAAAUCAAGUAAAAUUCCAAUGGAUCCACAAUGGCUCACGAUGGAUCCAAUAAGAAAGUGUUCCCAAUACUAUCCAGAUAAAAUUGCUAUGCUUGCUUUGUUACGGGAUUGGAAUAUGGAGUUUUUACAUCAAACAUUAGUUGACCAAUUCAUCACCAUAACAGUGUUAAAACUCAUGAAAAAGGAUGAUAUUGAAUUGAUAACAAAUAAGUUUCCCCUUGGUGUCAAAAUUUUAUUCAAUUAUAAUCUUCAAAAAUGGCAAAAACAAAAUCCAAUCUAA